AUGAAGCUCAACAUCUCCUACCCGGCCAAUGGGUCGCAGAAGAUCAUCGAGGUCGAUGAUGAGCGCAAGCUCCGUCCCUUCAUGGAGAAGCGCAUGGGAACUGAAAUCCCCGGCGACUCCCUUGGUGACGAAUUCAAGGGCUACCUCUUCAAGAUCACCGGUGGUAACGAUAAGCAAGGUUUCCCCAUGAAGCAGGGUGUUCUCCUUCCCACCCGUACCCGCCUUCUGCUUGCCGAAGGCCACAGCUGCUACCGCCCCCGCCGCACCGGAGAGCGCAAGCGCAAGAGUGUCCGUGGUGCCAUCACCGGUUUCGACCUUGCCGUUCUCGCCCUGAGCAUCGUCAAGCAGGGUGAGGGUGAGAUCCCCGGUAUCACCGACACCGUUGUCCCCAAGAGACUCGGCCCCAAGCGUGCCACCAAGAUCCGCAGCUUCUUCGGUCUCGACAAGAAGGAUGAUGUCCGCCAGUUCGUCAUCCGCCGUACCGUCACCCGCGAGGGCAAGAAGGACUACACCAAGGCCCCCAAGAUCCAGCGUCUGGUUACUCCCCAGCGUCUCCAGCGCAAGCGUCACCAGAGCGCCAUCAAGCGCCGCCGCGCUGAGGCUUCCCGCGAGGCUGCUAACGACUACGCCAAGCUCCUGGCCGGUCGUGUCCACGAGGAGAAGGCCAAGCGUGACGAGCUCCGCAAGCGUCGGGCGUCUUCGAUGAGAAAGUAA